AUGGCAUCCGAGAAGAAUAUCCAAAGCUCCAGGCGGCACUCAACCGUCGUCUGGCACCGCCUAGUCCGCUCUCUCAUCUACCUACUCGCCUGGAUCUUCCUCCUGCUGGUAAUGAUUGGAAACAUCUCCAACAAACCCGUCCUACGCGAGACAUACUUCCUCAAACUCGACACAGCCAACGUCAUCCCGCAAUCAAUCCCCAAUGCCGUCUUUAUCAACAGUAUCGCUCGCUCCAUUGGACUCCAUGAUUUCUACCAGGUUGGACUCUGGAAUUACUGCGAGGGUUACGACGAUAGCGGAAUCACGAGCUGCUCGCAUCCAAAGGCCUUGUACUGGUUUGACCCGGUAUCGAUUAUCCUGAACGAGCUUCUUGCCGGUGCAACCAUCGCCCUCCCCACUGAAAUCACCGACGCCCUCAAAAUCGCCCGCGUCGCAUCGCACUGGAUGUUUGGCCUCUUUAUUUCUGCUACAGUCCUCAGCUUCAUCGCCAUCUUCCUCGUCCCCUUUGCAACAUCCAAUCGACCCCCGCAAUCCAUCUCCGCAGAUGAGCACAUCAACGAAACCGUGCACCCGCACCGUCGACCAACAUUCAUCCUCUUCCGGGCUUUACCCAUGGCCAUACUCACUUUCCUAAUCGCGCUAUUCACCGUCGUCGCCUCUGUAGUCGCGACGGUGAUGUUCGUCAUUUUCAAAAAUGUAUUCAUGAACAACACCGCUGAUUUGAAUAUCAAGGCCUACCUCGGAAAACCCAUGUUGGCAUUUAUGUGGAUUGCGUCGGCGUUGACGCUGCUCGGGUUCAUCGUGCAGGUCGGGUCGUGUUGUUGUGCUUGUUGCGGUGGCCGAAAGGCAAGGAAACAGCUCAAGGCGCAGCGAAAAGCGCGGCAGAAGGAGCAGAGUGUGAGUUCCGCGGGCACGGAUGUCAAUGCUAGGAGGAGGUUUCGAUGGGGGAGGCGAUCGACUUGA